UGAAACGGAUCACAAUGACCGACUUUGGGGAUAUUUUAAAAAAUGUGGGUGAAUUUGGCCUGUUUCAAAAAUGUUUGGUCCUUAUGAUGAGUUUCAUUAGCAUUUCCAACCCCUUCCAUAUGUUUGGGCAAGUGUUCAUGAGUAUCUCGGUACCUCAUCACUGUAAUACCACCUGGAUUCUUGCAAUAAGUCCAAACUUGACAGAAGAGCAGCUGAUCAACCUUACCAUUCCAAAAAAUGCCCAGGGAGCAUAUGAAAAAUGCCUCAUGUACACCCCGGUUGAUUGGGAUAUCGAAUCCAUCGAGAAGUAUGGGCUGAACAACACAGAGAGAUGCCAGAAUGGAUGGGUGUAUGAUACGUCAACUCAAAAAUCAACUCUCGUUACGGAGUUUGAUCUGGUUUGCCAAAGGAAGGAUGAACUAGACAUUUCUCAAUCUAUAUACAUGGUUGGCCUCUUGCUGGGAGCAAUCAUAUUUGGCCCCUUAGGAGACAGGAUUGGGCGACGUCCUGUAAUCUUAAUCUCAUUGCUGAUGCAGUUCUCCGUCGGCCUUGGGACCGCAUUUGUCCCACAUUUUUACGUGUACACGGCUCUUCGAUGUGUGGUGGGAAUCGCCAUGUCUGGACUUCUGAUAAAUAACCUUGUUUUAGUUGCUGAAUGGGUGGGAUCGUCAAGACGAGCGGGUGCCACAAUCAUUACCCAUGUCUGCUUUGCAGCGGGGCAAAUGGUCUUGGCAGGGGUGGCUUACGGCAUUCGCAACUGGCGAUUGUUGCAGAUAGUUGGGUCUGUUCCCGUCGCCCUGUUAUUUUUCUACAUUUGGGUCCUCCCAGAAUCCCCAAGGUGGCUUUUAACUAAAGGAAAGUAUGGAAAAGCCAAAAAACUUCUUCAGAAAGCAGCGUCUUUGAAUAAACAAACUUUCUCUGAAGAGCUGUUUGAACAGAUACACGAAGAGAAACCGACCACAUCAGGAAACAUGCUGGACCUUUUCAGAAAUCAAAAGCUCAGGAAAAUAAGUCUCAUUAUGAGUUUUGUAUGGUUUGUGAACAGCCUGGUCUACUAUGGUUUGAGUCUGAACGUUGGGAGCUUCGGUUUGGACAUAUACCUCACUCAGCUUAUUUUUGGAGCUGUGGAAAUUCCAGCUCGUCUUGGGUCCAUAUUUUUGGUUCAGAUAUUCGGCAGAAAGUUCAGCCAGGCUGGGUGUUUACUACUGGGUGGGGUAGUUUGUCUCAUUGUUACUGGGAUAUCAAAAGACUUACCUAUUGUAAUCACAUGCCUUGCAGUUAUUGGAAAAUUUGCAAUUGCGUCUUCAUUUUCCAUUUGCUACAUUUACGCAGCAGAACUGUUUCCUACAAUAGUCAGACAAAGUGGAGUGGGGCUGUGCUCCAUGGCAGCUCGAGUAGCAGGCAUUACGUCCCCUCUUAUUAGUCUCUUGGAAAAAUAUCACCCAGCUAUACCAAUGGCCAUUUUUGGUAGUGGUCCAGUUAUUGGGGGUCUCCUUUGCUUUUUAUUACCAGAAACACGAAACAAAGAACUUGCAGACCACACAAUGCAAGACGACAUUAUCCAGAGUAGAGCAAACGGCAUCCCUAGUGACUACCUUAUUAAUGGAAAGGAAUGUGUUGAAGAACUGGACAAAAAGUCCCAGAAAAGCACUCGCCUGUAAGAAACAACGUGGAGGUUACAUUCAUGGAUGGGAAUCUUGGUCCUUUCAGAGCUGCAGACGUCAGGUCUUCAGGACCAUCUUUACCUCUUUGUUGGUAAAUC